GCAGAGGCAGAGGUAAUCACAGGGCGCCAGAGGAGUCGGAGACCAGGGCUGUCGGGACACAAUACCCAACAACGUCCCAACUGACUGCCCCGUGAAAGACACCACGGGACGCAGCACCCAACACCAACCCAGCCGGCAGCUCCGUGAAAGACGGCGCGGGUCACAACACCCAAAACCAUCCCGACCGGUAGCCUCGUGGAACAAGCCACGGAUCUACAGCAGAGGAAGUCCUGGCAUAGCGACGGCAGCUAUAGGAACACACCAGGUACAAGGCAUCUAAUCUACCUCAUAGCCUCCUCUACACAAGAAGAACUACACAAAGCUACAGACAGCGGCUACAGAGAAACAACUAAGUAGACAGCGGCUACAGAACAACUACAACAACAGCCAGUGGUGAUGAGCUGCAGCAGUCUGGCAAGGUUAGAGGAAUUUUCAGAGGAGGAGCUGGAGCUGAGCAUGCUAGGUCAGGGAGAGAAUGAUGAGGUGAGCGAUGGCAGCCCCGUGGGCCCCUUGCAGGACAGCGAGGGCUCAGCCAGCAGCCCUCCCAGCGAUGACACUGAGGGGGGCCAGUCCAAGAAGCGUAGCCGCCCGGUACGCUCCAAGGCCCGCCGUGUGGCCGCCAACGUACGUGAACGCAAACGCAUCCUGGACUACAACCAGGCCUUCAACGCUCUGCGUGUGGCACUCAACCACGACCUCAGCGGCAAGCGGCUCUCCAAGAUUUCCACCCUACAGAGGGCCAUCAACCGCAUCUCAGCCCUCUCUGUCUUCCUCAGCUCCAACCCCCCCUGUAAGCCUUGCUCCCACCGGGAGUGCCACAGGACAGCUGGGAGGUCAUUGGCGGGGGGAACGGUGGGGACGUCACGGCUGGACCCGCCCAGGGUGACAGUUGCUCAUCGCCUGGAGUCCCAGAACUGCGUCUCCUGUAACCACACAUCACUCCCCCAUCAGAUACAGCCUCAGCAGGGAACCCACCCUCACAGGCUGCCAACAGAGACACACCUCUACAUUGACAGCUUGGGCUCCUCAUGCCCCCCCUCGCCACACUACCCCUGCUAUCCUGCCAAGGGCCAGUUGUACCCCUCACGCGGACACUGUGGGACAGGGAACCCCUUGGAGCAGCCACCAAGCCCUAUUAGGUACACCCAGGUGGGUGAAGGGCUGGGGUACCAGACUAGGGGGUGGGCCUCCUGCGCCCAGGGCUACAUUGAUGCCUUUAUGGAGUCGUCUCCAGCCCUGGGCCUCCCCUGGCAGGUGAGCCACAUCCAGGAGACAGCAGGCCCCCAGCACAGCCUGCCCCUACUCUGACACUAGGACCAGAGAAGUUAUAGCCUAGGUAUCCACGACACAGUGGCCCCUGGAGUCUAGAGAAUAGACCAGCCAACUGUCCUAAUGAUCUCAGGGAAAAAUAUGAAAAAGUGAACUUUGUGUGCUCUCACUGUUGCAAUGGAUUCAGUAUUACAGUGCAACUCUCUAAAGACACUGAAUUAGUUUCAAGUUUUAAUGUCAAAGUGAAAUGCCUUUGUAAACCCAACAAUGCAGUAAUCAAUAACAAUGUAAAACUAAAGAUAACAUAAGGUAGAACAAAAGCACAAGAGAAAUAAAAAUAAGAAGAACAUGAGAAAGUAAGUAAGCACACUAUAUACAGGGUCGGUCAGUUCCAGUACCAUAUUUACAAUGUGCAGGGAUACUGGAUGUGUUAUCUAACAAUGUAAAUAUGAUUGUCAUAUCCUGAAUAGAAUGGCAAAGUACAUUUCUGGAUGUUUUAAACAUGACCAUUCAAGCCAAUUCAUGUUAUUCUUAUAGAGUAAAACUUUCAAUUGCUUAAAACACACACCUCACUUGUCCAAAGUGUUGAGAGUCUGAAUGUAUUGCAGCAAUCCUCUUUACAAACCCAAUGAACAAACUUAUUUUA